GUGUGUUAGUGGGGAGGGGAGGGGAUGUUCAGCACACUUUUCGCCACCCCACCAGCCCACUCAACCAGUAAAGUAAAUGGAAGCGUUAUUUUCAGUUCGUCUUUCCGCGUGACUUUAGUACUUUGAAAUGCCAGGUACGUUCAGUGUAUUCAAGUGUGUUCAUUGUGUCAUGCGAAGUCUUGUAUACGAGGAGGUUAUAAUUAGCACAGCUUGUCUCCUGCACUUCUCGAGGUCGACCCGCUCAGUUUUUUUUUUUCCCUCAAAAAAACCGAAAAAUAGGGCGCAGUUCAGUCGCAACUCUCCAAGGAAACAUUUUUUUCAACACAGAAAAGAUACCAAAGUUGAAACAACAACCACAACAUCGCGCAUGUUGUUUUGUAGUUCGCCUUUAUAGGGCAUUUUCCUUUCAGGUAGAUCUCGUUUAUCAUUUGUGAAACAUGAAACUCUGUUAGAAUUUUACUAAGAAUGUCGUUGAAAUUGAUGUUACUCGUUUUAUUUCCUCUGGAUUUCAAUGCAAAAAUGUGAAUGACUUGGUAUGUUUUCAUUAAGACAGACGAUGUGUGAUAGUCUCUUUUUUGAUUUAACUUAUGUAGUUUUUUCGUUGGAAGACGAAGUCCAGUUUAGUUUCGUUUCAAUUGUUGAUAUCACAAGCAUUUAUACCACGGGUGUAUAUGUCAUGUGUUUCGUGAGGAAUUCGUUUUGAGGGGAGGAACCCUCGUCAAUUCUUCUUGAAAUGCUCAGGAUAUGUCGCUUUAUGUUCAACUAUCGGGAAUUCCACGAAACUUUCCGAACAAUGAUUCUUACGGCAAUGGCAAUGCUUCGUCAUUCUCAUGAAGGAAGACUCCAUUCCCUUUUUUUUCCCACCGCCUCCGCGCCGGAUUAAAGAGCGUAAAGUGCUGCCGAUGAAAAUUAGGUUUUGUAUAAUUAGUUGGAAGCUACGCGUGGGUGACAGAUCGAUAGUUUCGACAAGAAACAAUCGAUCUCUCGCCUAGCAUACUACCUUGGAAACAGAAGAGCUUGGAGUAACCAAGUGAAUUUACUGCAUUCUGAGAAUGAAUGAAUAAACUAAACCGACUUGGGCAACAGAAAAAAAAAAUCGUUUCCAGUUAUGUAAGUUGCUAGUGAGUUGUUGCUAAAAUAGUGAGCGCUCACCUAUACAUGUUUUGUGUGGUAGCUGCAUAAAACAAUAAUGAAAACAUGUUUACAGACAAGCAAAAUCUGAACAAAGUUUAAAAUGUCAGUAUCCGAAAAGUAGCCCGAAGUUAGUGUUUAUCGAGUAAAGUCGGUGACAUUCGGCCUUCCUUUGAAAGUGUUCUCUUAAGUACUCGCUAUUUUCGUUUGAACUGUUGCGUGUCACCUCAGAACAAACCGGUUUUGUUUCUUCCCCCGUAGGUAAACAGUGCACUUAAUUUAUUCAAGAGCUGUGUUCCUGAAGGAAGUUAAAUCCCUAACGACCCGAUCUCGCAAGGAAAAAUCCGCGCUAUUGUUAACUUCUUGCAAAUAAUCUUCGCAUCUUUAGUUUCCAGCCAGGCCAAAGUUAUCUGUCUCCAAAGCACACAGUGUGCAGUAUACCACUGUUUUUUUUUUUCUUCUCAGCCACGCUAACUGAUUUUAUGUCGUACUACAGGAAGGCAGUACUGUCACAUAAGAUUUAUAUUUCCUUCUUAAUCGUAGUGUUUGGUCCUAAUUUCUGACGCUCAUAGGAGUUAAAUGGGGUCUUAAUCAUAACAAGGAGGGUCUUUUUUUGCAAUUCCUUUUGAAAUUAACCUUAGUUGACAUUCUGUUCCCUGGUCGUUAGCGUAGAAAAGAAAAGUUUCUAAUGAAUCUUCUUUGUUUUUUGAGUAGUCUCCUAAGACUCCCAUCGCUUGUGUCGACAGCUCACGUGUGAAACAUAAAUAAUUAUUUCGUGUACUCCUUUUUAGCAGUUUUUUUUUUAUAUCAAACGCCCUUGGCUAUAAGUGUAAAAAGUCUUUUUUUUUUUGCGGCGCGUUCUAUAAAGGCUGUGGUAGAUGUAAAAAAGAAUUAUUUCAUACGAAUCACAACUUACUUCUCAUAUUUGUUUAGCUUUACAGGCGGAUUUAUUGAGCUAAUAGUAACUCGAGGUUACGAACUUGCUUGUGAAACAUUCUGCAUUGGUUAUUCGUUUUAAGGGUAAAAGAAAGAUUUACUUGAUAUCUCCGAAUUUUUUGGCGCUCCAGAAAACUAUAUUCAAAGAAGAAUUCUUAACAGGGUUCUAUUAUCGCAAAUUUUUAAGAGGAUAUUCGAUCAAAUAGUUCAUUCAGUUUGAUUUUUUAUGCCCAAGUCUUGUCUGGUUUAAUGAAUGUUCAUAAGUUUUUCUUGUCCUUUAAGGCAUCUCGCAUGUAAAUUGGCGUGGGAGUUUUAAGACACUGAACUUUUGGUUUUGUUUUCGCGAAAAAACGGAAUCUUCGAAGUAGAGAUGAUUUGGAGGGUUUUAACCUCGAUCAGAGCUGUACUGAGAUGUAAUAUCGGUGUACACUGAUGUAUCGCACCACAGCUUAAAGUGCCUUUCUAAUAAUUUAAUCUUUAAAAGCACUAUUGAAUAUCGUUGUUGUUUCAAGGGGGAAUUUAGAGAUCGUAAACACCCUCAUCGCGGGGAAUAUCAGAAACUGUAGUAUUUAAUCUUACAAGAAAAAUAAUACGAUGAUCCAGAUGAAGACAAUUCCGGCAGCUAGUUAUUUCCGUUCGUCAUCAGUGGUGAGAAGUUAGUUUUGAAAUUGUAAUUAAUCAGUGUAUUUCUUGAAUAUUGCUAUAUUUCGCCCGUAACUCGGAAGUGCGUGUUAAAGGUUGGAGAGAUUGCGUGCGUGAAAUUUUAUGGAAAUUUUCUCGCAAAGCUAAUAUAGCAGCCAUAAAGUUCGCGUGAAUUCAGGGAAUGUUUCCUUCAUUAAGGAUCUAUAUUUGCGCGCUUUUUUUGUUUAGAAGGAUUAUUGAAUGAAAAGCUUUCAAGGUAUCAUCGUACCGGCUUUCUGCUAGAUCUUGAGUCCUGAUAAUGUGAAAUCCGUGAGUUUCGUGUUUAUGUUUCACCUUGGGUUGUACUACAUGCGUUGUAGUUGGUCAAAAUGUUCGAGUAUUGGGCCAAUGGCGCGAAGUUAUGCUUCGGCUUACAAAGAAAGCUUUUCUAGAAAGUACCGUUUCAAUUUAUUUUCCCGAUCGGAAAUAGCUCUUCAAGUAUUAGUUUAUUUCACUUACUUUCCUUACAAAUAACCAACGCAGCGUGUCUCGCCUUGCGCUUGAAGAGAUGUUGUAUUCGAAUCAAUAUUCAUUCCCAAUUCCUGGUCGCUGCAAGUGUUAUGACAGAAAUUUGGGGUUUUUCGCUUAUUUAUCAAGUAACGUUCUUAAAACCUGUGAUAACAGGUGUUACCUACCAUUGCACUUAAUCUUCUCGAAAAACUGUGGAGAAAAGCAUUACAAAACAACAAUAAGAGGAAGGACUGUACCACAGGCGAAUUCUUUAGUAACGGCAAUUUACUCUGGGCACGAAACUCAUCCUCUGCGAUUUUAGAGCAACUAAGGCAAACAGAAAUUAAGAGUAAUAGUCAUGCCUGGUUAGAAAUUUCAAGGUGAGAAUGCGAUAGAAAAAGAGCACAAGUGACUGUUGUACGUGUUUUUAAAAAAACCGUGGUUGUAUUUAUGCAAGAUUAAGGUGGAUAUGUGCCUAUUCUGGCAUCGGACCAGUUUUAGGCCAGUUCAGGUAAAUGAUGUGAUAAACAGAGACACUCGCCCUUCUCCUAUCUGUCAAAUUUUACUAACAUCAUCAGUGCCAGAAAGGCCAAUUAAAAUUUAAAAGCGUCGUUUGUGAGAAAACAGCUCGAGCUCGUCAUUAAGCGUUCUUUUCGUAGACGCGCCAACGUUGUUUAUUCUCAAAUAGCGGAGAGGGUAACUUCGUUGCCCGGGUUAAAACUCGUCUCUAGCGAGAAAACUGUUUUAGUCAGAAUUCACUCAAGCGUGGUAAUUAUUCCAAAGCCACGUGGCAUGUGGGCCAGCCCCCGUUUCUUCUUUCAGCCAAUCAGCUACCAGUAUUUGCCGGUAUCUUUAGUGACAUGUGACUAGACCCGGCUGGUUUUCUGUUCCCACUCACACUUACUCAAGAACAACAUUUCAUUGAUUCGUUCCCUAUGCAAGGGAAAACAUGGGCUCUCCCGAGCAUUUGGUGUGUUUUCACUGCACUGUCACAAGAUUGCCGUCAGGGGAAUCGGACGCCGAGGAGGAAACCAUCUCAGAGAUUUCGUGGGUUGUCGUCGACGUGAAAUCCAAUCAGCCUGGUUCCGUGCAUAGAUGUGUUGUGAAAUCGGGCCUGUCUGGAGCGAACGAAGCGUUAAAACAACCCACCAACAAAUCGCUUGUGACCAGUGAAGCUCAACAGCUCGGGGACGCGUUAGAAAAGUUUGACAACUUUGUUGAGAAGACAGUGACAUGUUCUGGGGAAAGAUGGAAUCUUGUGACAGAUGGACAGUUUCCAUUAAGACAUUACCUCCAUUUGGAAGCUAGUAGAAAGAAAACCAAAUUGUCUCAACAUUUCUACAGCUUUUACGAUCUUAGGAAGGAAGUCAGAAAGGCACUGAAGCAUGAUUCAGACUAUAGAAGCCUUGAGGAAGUGGCCUCACAUUGUAGAAUCGAUGCUAAUAACAACAGUCCAGCAGGUCUGGAACACUGUAAACUCAUGGCAAGUGUGGUUCAGUAUCUUGUUACAGAAGGUCACAAAUUUAAGGAUCCAGAAAAGAUCAGUUCCAAGUAUGAGCCAGGAGCAUGGUAUGGUGCUUCUUUACGAACAAAAAAUCUUGGGCCUGUACUUGAUGAUACAAUCAUAAGAGCAAGGGGGCUUCCCUGGCAAGCAUCUGAUCAGGAUGUUGCAAAUUUCUUUAAAGGACUUAAUAUUGUAAGAGGUGGGAUAGCAUUUUGUUUAAAUGCACAAGGAAGAAGAAAUGGUGAAGCAUUCAUCAGGUUUGAGAAAGGGGAACACAGAGAAUUUGCAUUGAAAAGACACAAACAUCACCUUGGUACAAGAUACAUUGAGGUUUACAGAGCAACUGCACAAGAUUUCCUUAAGAUAGUGAAAGGUCCUGUUGAUGUCACCCAGAUUGCUGCUAACUUUGUAUCAAACAAAGCUGAGGUGAUCAUUAGAAUGAGAGGACUUCCAUUCAACUCAAAAGAGAGUGAUGUGAUUGAAUUUUUUGAGGAGGAUGCACCAGUAUUCAAAAGUGAUGAAGGAAUUCUCAUUGUUAGGAACAACUUUGGGAAGGCUACUGGAGAUGCAUUUGUUCUUUUUGAGACAGAGGAACAUGGCCAUGCAGCAUUGAGGAAGCACAGAUGCAUGCUUGGCUCCCGUUAUGUUGAGCUGUUCCGAAGUUCACAAAGUGAGGUUCAGCAAGUUCUAAACUCUUACAGCAAUCUCAUGCACAAUUUUCCACCAAUCAUGUUUCCACCCUUGCCACAUCAUCCUCCCUUUCACCCUCCCUUCUUAAUUCCUGGGCUGGGUGUAAAUGGUAUGAACACCAAAGACUGUCUGCGCUUACGAGGGUUGCCGUUCUCUGCAACAGUACAAGAUGUAUUAGACUUCCUAAAGGAACAUGCUGCAUUUGUAGUUCCUGGUGGAGUUCACAUGGUGUACAACACUCAGGGUCGCCCCUCUGGAGAUGCAUAUGUCCAGUUAGUAUCACCUGAAUGUGCAAAAUCUGCCACCACGGACUUGCACAGACAACACAUGGGAGAGCGAUACAUUGAAGUGUUUCCCUGCUCAGGAGUAGAUAUUGCUGCAAUUAUAACCAGCAGUACAAUGAACCAAAACAAGAUGACCUCACCCAAUAACACUCCCUACAGCCAUCCAUGUUCAUACCCCAUGACCAAUGGUGUGGUCACCAGCCCUAAUGGGACACAUAUGAAUGGACACACAGACACUGUUGGAGCUGCUACAUCAGCUUGUCGCAGUCCCACAGGAUUGUAUGUACCUCAUUCACCCACAUACUUCAACUGCAUUAUACCUCAAAAUGGCAUUGGUGGAGGGAAUGUGAGUUAUUAUCCACCUGCCAGUGCAAAUUUUAGGAUGCGCAUGUCACCAUAUUUGCCACAGCCCUAUGAAGUGAUGCCUCUCUUUCAAGGAUACCAGAUCGCAGACUAUGGCAGGUAGUUCAAGCAGAUCACCUCUCUGGGAUCCUGCACAAAAUCAAAGCAAUCCUUAAUAGAAAAGACUGGUCCUGCUAUAUGAAAUGCUACUUGCAAAAGAUUAAAUUAGAGACAAGUUCUCAGAGCGAAACAGCUUUUGCUGCUGCUACUACUGCUGCUGAAGCAUUUGCAAUGUUUUUAGAUGCCUUCCUCUUAGUCAACAAGAAAAAAAAGUAUGACUUUAUCAUUCAGUACAUUUGAGUGAAGAAUCCAUAAUUAUUUUAGAUGUAAUGUACAUGUAAUUAUGCUGCUAACAUUCAAAACUGAUACAUUGAGUGAAAUUCAGUAUAAGAAUGUUCUAGACAUUUUUGAUGUGUCACCCUGAAAGACAGUGGUAGAAAUUUUCAUUCGACUAUGUGACCUGUGUACUACUUAUUAACAAUCAGAAUCAGAUGACUUGAUAAACACGAGUCAAAUCUUCUAAGAAACUUAGUUCAAAGGUCUGUUACUUAAACGGUAACACCAAAAAUAAACAGAGAUAAAAAAAAAUUAUGUAGUUCAUAAAAAUGCAAGCAAAAAUUUGUCAAGGAGAAGUAGAUGCCUUCAAAAUUUUUAUCAUCAGAUUUGAUGAAAAAGGAUAAUUUCUGACACCAGGUAGUUUUUAAAUAAGCCCAGCGUUUAAUUGCUGCAACAUGGAUUUCGUGCGAAGAUACCUUGACAAAUAGGAAAAAAAAAUACAAAGGAGAAAACAUACAAUACUAAUUGAAUUAUGAGAGUGAUAUUGUAUAAUUACAAUGAAUUGUAGAAAUAUGUUCAGAUACAAAUUUUAUUUAUUUUUUGCUGGAUACCCAGACUCCAGCUCAAAAUACAAUCUUUUUAGCCUCGAUACAUGGGAGAUAAUACUCCUUAACCUCUGAUGCACACAAAAUCCCAACAUCAGUGGUAAACAGUGCAAUAUCUUUUUGCAUUGUGUAAUGAUUCUGACAAAAUGGUUAAUGCAUCAAGUCACUGAAAGAUGUCAGAAGAAUUAAACACUGAGGCAGAAAGGCUUAUUUGGCUGUCAGUGAAAUGCUGUAAAUUAGAGCAUGAUGUACCCUGACUGUACAUUAAUGUAAUUAGUAUCAAUUUAUGCUUGAUAGAUAAUCUUGUUUAAUUUAGUUUUUAGAACUUUUUAUACUAGUAACCAGUCUUAGUCAAUGAAACAUGAAUUUGCCAUGGGCUUGUUGUACAUUGUAAUUGAAAAGUUUGAUUGACUGAAUAUUUAUGUUAAUUCCACAAUCUAACUUGUGGAGGACUUUAACCAUUCACACUUUGAAACAAAUGUUCAAAAUCUUCAACAUGAGCUGAAAGUUUGUUUCAGAACAAGAUGGUAGAUAUCAUCAUUGUUUUAAUGUAUUGAAAUUUGAUUAUUAGUAUGUAUUUGUCAUAGUAACCGUCCAAUCAAGUGUGUAUUUUCAGGAAAAAUCAUAAUUUAGUUCUCAGCGCUUAAAAUGUAAAUGGUUGAAUCCUAUAAUUAACAUCAGUUGAAAGUGGAUAGUGUUAUAAUCGGUGAUGACAAAGGGCAAAGUUGCUGGUUAAAAUUAAUCAUUCUGAUACAAGGCUGGAUCAAAUUUGCAAACCAAUUUUUUCAACAUUUAUUUGUCUCUAAACGUGCAAUAUUUAUGGGCAUAGUGUUCAAAACUAGCCAUAUUGUUUUUAUUUACAUGACAACUAAUUAUGUAUGACAAAUAAUUGUUAAUAGCCAGUCAAUGCAAGAGACGCUGCUCUAAAAAGAGUCUUACAACCAGUACUUGUCACUCAGAGCACAUCUAAAAAUAUAUGAAUUACAAAUAAAAAUAUUAUUUUAACCAAGAGAAGCUUAACUAAGCCAGGAUAGACCACUUAAUAAAUGACAUUUAUAACACAUAAGGCAAAGCCAGAGCAUAAUUAAAUUAUCACCAUUAAUAAAGUUGCUCUAAUUAUAUUUUCCGAAUGUGUUAGUGGUAUGUGUGAAUACAUGCCACUGUCGGUAAAAUUAUUUCUUGAAUGUUUAUGAAUUGUCAUCAUGUUGUUACCAAGAAUAUCUCAUUUAUCUGGACAAUCUGGACUUGUUAGACAGUGAAAUAUGCCAUAACUUGAAAACGUUUCUGAUCCAUUUACCUUAUUUAUCCUUGAUAGAACAAGAAUUGUUUAUGGCAGUGCCAUGAAUAAGUGCAAGGCACUAAUGCUCAUUAUAACAAUCUUUGUCUUGUUUUUUUUUUAGACCGGUUAUUCUUAAUGUGAUAUUUUUGGUAACAGAGAGACUAAAAUACAGAUAAUUAUUUUAGCUAUAUUUUUAAACAUACUAAAAUAAAUAGCCGUACUCCAGUGUAAAAUAGAAGAAAACUUGUUGGUGUUUUUCUUACAGAUACAGUCAUUGCAGUCACACAUCUUUUCAUGUUCUUUUUUCUAUGUAUGAUUUUUACCUUAAUAAAAAACAUGCAUAGCUCAGUAAAUUGUACUUGUAACCUGGAAAUGACUGUACUUUCUUGAAAAUAAAAAAGUGAAUCUUGUUACAUGGCAAGAUUCUGAUUUGAAAUGA